ACCUUAAAUACCUUUCGGUUUGGAUGGUGACAUGGUCUGGUAACGAAUCAAGGUAACUAACAAUACAAUGGUCACUCGUAUCACCCUGUAGAGAGCAUGUUUGCCACCCCAUGACCCACACGCUUACUAGAAAAAAACGACCACCUCUCAAUCACUCAAUCUAUCUUUCAUGGAGUAUAAUAAUGCAUGCACCCUCAACAAGAAUAGAGGACAAACCCUGAAGGAGAGUAGAGAGGACUAUAGCUGUAGUAACUGUAGUCCAUGGGGUUCUCCCUGUAUUAAUGCCUGUAUUAUUUUCAUUCGUAGACGUAUUUUAGUAAAAAGGCAGAGCGGCAGCCAUGCCUGCUAUGGUGAGGGAGGGUUUGUUCAUUGGGGACAUCAGAGACGCGGCAGAGAUCAUCACCAAUGGCAGCUCUAAAAUAACACAUAUUCUGUCUCUGUUAAGCUCGGCCUAUAUUACAUUCUUUUCGGACUGGCGUCGGGGGUUCGAGGCUCAGACCAAGGAGGUCGAGAAAGUUUACAAGGAAGACGGUCAAAACCCCACCACCAAUGGCUCCAGUAGCUCUGAUGAAGAAAAUCAAGCAGCUGAUAAGCGUGGGAAGUUGCUGUACAAUCUGGAGCUUGUGGGACCUGAGUUGAAUAUAUUAAGGAUGGGCGUUCCUUUGAGGGACAUGGAAAAUGAGAAUUUAUUGGAUUAUCUGGACACCUGCCUUGGUUUCAUAGAGCGAGGGCGCCGGGAAGGGGCUAUUCUGGUUCACUGUUUUGCGGGAGUUUCUAGAAGUGCAUCUGUAGUAACAGCAUAUCUUAUGAAAACAGAGCAAUUGUCCCAAGAAGAUGCACUUGAAUCCCUAAGACAACAAAGUGAAUCAGCUUGUCCUAAUGAUGGCUUCUUGGAACAGUUGAAAAUGUUUGAAGAGAUGGGUUUUAAGGUUGAUCAUGCUAGCUCUAUAUACAAAAAGUUUCGCUUGAAAAUCUUAGGGGAAGCAUAUGGCAGAGGAGAAAAAAUUGACAGUUCCAAAUUUGAAGCCGAUCCUGGUCUACCUAUUCUGUCACCAACUGUUCCAGUUGAAAUGCCAACUUCCCAGGAAUGUAAUGAUCGGGAGAAGCUUGGUAUAAGUUAUCGUUGCAAAAUGUGCAGGAGAGCAGUUGCAUCAAAAGAUAAUGUUGUGUCUCAUCUUCCAGGAGAAGGUGAGCCUUGUUUUAAAUUGAAAAACAGAAGCCGUGGAUCUUUUUUCGACGAUCGUCAUGAACCUGAAUGCACAUCUGUAUUUGUGGAGCCUCUGCAAUGGAUGACAACAGUUGAAGAGGGUGCAAUUGAAGGGAAACUCUCCUGCAUUGGAUGUCAGGCACGUUUGGGUUAUUUCAACUGGUCGGGUAUCCAAUGCAGCUGUGGAACCUGGGUAAACCCAGCCUUUCAGCUGCAUAAGAGCCGUGUUGACGCUUGUAAAAUUUGAUUUCACAGUAUUUAGUUUUCAUUUGUCAAUUUUUGUGAUAAUAGACGGUAUGUUUUUCUAAAAAAAAAUUGACAGUGUAUGCUAAAAAAAUUAAUUUGUUUUGUUUACAUCUUUAGACAUAGCUUAGGACCAUUUAUAAAUGUAAGGAGAAGACCGAAAAACUGAAAAAGCAAGGAAGCAGGCAAGAUUUAUGCCUCUCGCACAGUUUUCUUCCUUGAUGAAAAUAUAUUGUAUCAAUAAAUAAUAAGUUCAUUUAUGCA